UCUGACAGGCAUGCAAGUAUUACACAUGCCUUGGAAACUAUUUUCCCCGAUGCCUAUCACGGUGCUUGCUACCACCACAUUAGUAUGAAUGUGGUUGCUAAAUUCUAGACUGAUCCUUGUCAUGUGUUGAUGUAUAAUGCGGCAUAUGUUUUUAGGAAAUUCGAGUUCCACGCUAACUUCGAAAAAAUCAAAUCAAAAGACCCAGCCAUUGCUCAAUACCUAGAAGGAAUGGGUUUUGAUAAGUGGUCCCGUGCUUACUUUCCUGGAAAUAGGUAUAAUAUAAUGACAAGCAAUUACGCUGAAAGUUUCAACAAUAAGACCCGGGACGCUAGGAGCUUUCCGAUAACUACAUUCGUCGAAUUUAUUCGCUUCACACUACAGUCCUGGUUCUGUAAUAGGAGAGAAACUAGCGAGAAGACAACUACCACUCUUGCACCGACCUAUGAGAAAAAUUUGGUGGAUAUGGCUGAGAAAGCUCGAUUCUUGAUUCCUUAUGCAAUAGGGAGGCAUGAGUUCCGUGUGUUAGAUGGUGAGCUGAAUGGUGAAGUCGACCUCCUGAAUAAGACAUGCACAUGCGGCGUGUUUCAGAUUAUUGGUAUCCCAUGUGCUCAUGCACUAUCUGGAUCCCUUAAGCGAGGGGUGAACUUUUAUUCGUUGUGUUCAGAUUACUAUAAAAUUGAGACAUGGAGGUCCUCUUACAUAGAAUCUAUAUAUCCUACUGGUAACGAGCAAAAGAGUGGAUUGUUCCACAUGACAUUAUGA